GAAGAUAAUAUCCAACUUUGUUGUAACAUGUGUUUUGCUUCUCAAUGUUUACAUGAUUUCUAUUUACUCUUUAGUUUGAAAUUUUUGUUGAACCUUUAACUAUUGAAGGUAUGGAAAAAGCUAUUAAAUUUGCCAAAUCAGUUUUUCAUACAAUAAUUAGAAGACCGAUUCAAAAUUAUAAUGUUGAAGAAAGAGCUUUCAAAGCAAUAUCCGUGACUAAGAAGAAUCCUGCUCCAAAACAUCUAACGACGCAACAAAAAAUUUUAAAAUAUAUUGAAGAGCAUCCAGAAUUGAAGGAAAUUGUCGUCGAAAAACCCAAAACAUUACUAGAAUGGUUAAAGAAGAUUCGUGUUGUAUCUCAUGGUGUGCCUGAUACUGAGUUAUUCAAAACUGAUAAGAGAAAGUUACCUGUUAAAAGAGAAACUUAUGAAUUACCAAGAAUGUUUGGCGAGAUAGAACCUAAAGUUAUACCCGAAGGAAAGAUAUCUUUACAACGUACAACUAAUUUAGUCAUGGAAUAUGCUUCGAUGAAGAUUAAACCAAGUUCAAAGGAGAUAGCUGAGAAAUACAAUUUAGAAGAACAAGAUGCCGCCAAUUUAGUUCGACAUUUUAAAGCAUUUGAACUUUAUAAACCCGCUAAAGAGACUGGCGAUUAUGAAGGUUUACCUCCUUGGAGCAAGACAGUCAAAAAUGAUACUUUUCUUGGAAUGCUUUUUUCUAAACAAGAUAGCAUAGAAGAACCGAAAAAACUUAUCGAUGAUAAAUCUGAUAAAGAAACCGAUAGGAAACAGAUUAAAGCUGAAUAGCUCUAAUAGUCUAGGUAAUAUCUUCAAAAUUGUAUUUCAAAAGGAUUUCAAUCUUAUUUAAAUAUAAAUACAUUAUUGUAAGUGUGUACAGUAUAGUAAAGUAUAGUAGCCAUUGAAUAAAAUUACCACAUAAACGAAUUUUUUAUA